UGAAAGUGGCGGCGAAGGAAGUAGAUAAACCAUGCAUGACCACCGCAACAGACAGCGCUGCUAUGGCCGCCCGCUGAAUCGACGCCGGCGAACGACGUAAGAGGCUUGAAAUCGACGCGAAAAAUGCAUAAACAGCCACGUUCAGCGGCGCAAGCGCCACCAGAGGGUGCGACGAGUGACGGCAUACAAAGCCAAGUCAAGUACAAGGUGCUCUUGCUGCAGAUAGACUGGUCGCAAACGUGUCGCCAAACAACCUCGCCGCGCUCGGCGUUCCUCCGGAUCUCACUUACUGCCGCCGGUUCUCGAAGACGCCAUGAACUGCCUAAUGGGAACGGCUCGAUUCUGGAGGCUCUCCUCUGCGCGGGUCGUAGCCUUCGCACCGUCCACCAGGAGCAGUAAAAGCAGCGGCGGCGACAGCGACCCUGGCAACGAAAGCGACCCGGAGACGUUCCUGUGGAUCAAAAAGCACAACUACCGGGACAACCUCAACGCCCUGGACAGCGUCCGGUUCAGGCGGCCGGCCGCCGAAGACUUCCAGCACCUGGACGUCGGAUGCGGACCCGGGAACUUCACGACCGAAGCUCUACUCCCUCGACUGCGUCCUUGCCGCCGCCUGGUGGCCACGGACAAGUCGGCGGCCAUGGUGGCCUACGCCCGCGAACACUUCGGAGGCGACCAGGACGUCGUCUACGACGUCCUGGACAUCGAAUGCGGCGACAACGACGCCGAACGUAUCGUGGACAAGUACGGUCCGUUCGACCGCGUGUACUCGUUCAUGGCCUUCCACUACGUGCGAAACCUGGAGCAGGCGUACCGCAACGUGUUCUUGUGCUUGAAGGACGGCGGCGAGUUUCUCACGCUGUCAUUCACGGGUUCCGCGAUCACCGACGUGUGGUACCGGCUUUUCAACACCGAAGAGUGGAAGGCCUUCCUGCCCGAUCCGAAGCACGUGUUCUCGGAGCGAUUCUGCUACGGCACGCCGAUACCCGAGGAGAGGAUAGCGAGCGAAGAGCAGCUGGCGAUCGGCGCCGCCGGAAUGGAGCUUGUGUCGUGCCGCAUGCACGACAUCUUCUGGACGAUGCCCGACUUGGACAGCUGGCUUGAUUGCUACGUCCCGUUCUUCAGACUGGACGCCCAGGUGCCCGAAGAGAAGCGCGGUGCUUUCCUCGACGUCUGCAGGUCUGUGCUCCGGGAAGCCACGAGCGCGACGCCCGAAGGAGUCCGUCUGAGGCUCAGCGUCAUCGUGGUCCAUACGCAGAAACCGUGUCGUCGCUGACGUUGACGCGCGAUAUAGACGCAUACGCGUAGUGUGCGCCGAUGGACGCGCCACUGGUGGCGAUCUUGCGCAGUGUGCUCGGGAAAGCAGGCAGCCGCGUUUCGUAUAUUUCUGCGCCGUUGAUGGUGCUUCUAUGUCUAAUUCCCGUUUUCAGAGCAAAAUAAGCAAAAUCCCUCGCAUGUGUGGUGUGGUCAAGGCUUCUAUAAAUGUCAACAGGAAUUGCUGCACGAUGAGGUGCUCAAAUACCGGCAAGAGACGUCCCGGCGAUACGGUUCUAAUCAUUCCCCGCAAAGCCUCAUCAGCGGAAGCAACGGUUGCAAUGGGUCGCCUUUGCUCGGCGGGAAAUUUCUUGUUCUCAUGCUUUCUUUUGUCGUAUCGGAAUUUUUUUUCUCACUCGAUCAUAUUUAGACGGGUAAGCGGCAUAGUUCGUCUGCAGCGUAGCGUGCGGUUUAAAGGUAUUUCGCUAAAGUUCUGUAUGCCGUUUGCCGCUUCUUUACCGCGUCGCGCUAGCUAUGUAGCAGGACUGCACGCAUGCAUCGUGAUCGUGUUCCAAGUUAAAGCUACGUAGCUGAAGUUAGCAAGAACUGAAAUUGUUGGUUUUAUGCAGCCCAGUAAAUCCUCGCACCUGUUCUUACGCA